AGAGAGAGAGAGAGGGAAAAAACAAAAAGAAAAGGAAAAAAAGGAAAAGAAAAUAUAUCCCUAAUCCCAUCUCAACAGCGCUAACUAUCCAGUGACGGAGAGGACUGCCGAGGAAUGAAGAACAUUUACCACAAAGCCAAGGGCAAAAUCCACCCUUCCCCGGCGGCACCGCCGCCGGCGGUUGCUGGAAUCGGCCUGUCGUCGUCUAAGCACAACGCGCUCGAGGUGCUCAGCGUCCUCCCCGCGGCCAUCCUUGUCCUCACGGCGGCGCUGACAAGCGGGGACAAGGAAGUGCUGGCCUACCUGGUCAUCAGGUCCCUCCACGGCCCUGCCGCCGCGACGGCGCCCGCGGAGCGGAAGCGGGAACGGGGGCCGGGCGCGGCUCAUCGGCCUCUGCUCGACUGCGGCUGCUUUGACUGCUACACCAGUUUCUGGUCGCGGUGGGACGCCUCCCCCGACCGCGAGCUCAUCCACCAGGCCAUCGAGGCGUUCGAGGAGCACCUUGCGAGUGCGGAGAAGAGGGGCGCCGGCAGGGGCGCGCGGAGGAGGGAGAGUAGGAGGAGGAUGGAUAGAGCUGGAAAGGUGAAGGAGCGGGCGGAGGCUGCGGUGGCGGAGGAGGAGAAAAAGAUGCUCGAGGAACCGAAGACUGCAACUGAGGCACCAACUGGAGAGGAAACCAGCGAGGAGAGGAGCGGAGAAGGGGAGUCGGUGGCGACGGAUGGCGAGAAGCGACGGCGAUGGGCGGACGUGAAGGAUCUCUUCCACUCCGUUUUCUGGAACCUUUGGGGUCCGGCCGUGUAGUUUUUGUUUUAUGUAUUUUGUUUUUCGUUAAUUUCCCUUUUUCUGCAAUAAAAAAAAUAGAGAAAAACAACCGAAGCGAAAGGGAAUUAUUAUCUAAAUUAUUAGGGCCGUGUUAUUUCCAUGGUGUUGGGAAAUGUUAAUUUAGUCUGUAAAGGCGGCUCUGUUCACUGCUCCGGCCUCCGGCUGUUUUUGUU